CAGCCACUGAAGCCACCGGCAUUCUUCACUGGGCAAGCUCACGUCACUGCCCAAAACUACCACCCGCCAUAUUCCGCCGGCAGCCUGCUCGCAUUCGAACAUCUGGCAUAGUUUGUUCUUGCGUCACUAUUUGGUACUAAAGUUGUGUAGCUCUAGCCGGAGGAAUUUGAUUUAGUUUAAGCUCUGGGUUCCCAAAUUAUGAAGAGUGGGUGAGGAGUAAGAACUGGGAGGAACAUGAGGUUCUUGUGUGUGAAAAGAGUUCUUCAUUUAAGAGGCUUGAGAGAAUCCUCGAGUUGUCCAUGGCUUUUUUCUGCCAUUUCUUACUACUCAGAUACUCCCAAAAAGAAGUCCAAGCUUGCCCCUUUACAGGAGAGGAGAAUGAUAGACAGGUUUAAGGUGUAUGCUAAAGGAGGUGAUGGUGGAAAUGGUUGCCAAAGCAUGCGGCGUAGUAGGCACGAACGCCACGGUCAUCCUGAUGGUGGAGAUGGUGGAAGAGGGGGCGACGUGAUCCUGGAAUGUUCCACUGCUCUAUGGGACUUCAGCAGUUUGAAUCAUCAUAUUAAUGCAAGUAAAGGAGGACAUGGAUCUUCAAAGAAUAAGAUUGGAACUAAGGGUGCAGAUAAGAUUGUACGAGUACCAAUUGGCACUGUCAUUCAUCUUGUGGAGGGUGAAGUUCCCAGUGUAGUCGAGCACCAUUCUUCAACAGAUUUAGACCCUUGGCAGAUUCCUGGCACACUAGUUGAUGAUCUCUCUAGUCACCACAAGAAUUCUUUUAAAUUUUCAAACAGAGAAACAGAAGUAGAAUCGGCAUUUAAGACUACUCUCGUGACAUGUAAUGAGAGUAAAAAUAAUGUUAGAAAUUCGUCGUUCAGGAGGGAAACUUCUGAAGUAGCAUCAACCGAUGAGAUUUCUCAAGUUUCUGCAUUUCCUGACAGUUCUAUUCAAGAUGAGUUUGGAGAAAGUGAAGAAAUGAUGUACAAUGUUGCAGAAUUGACUGAAGAAGGUCAACGAAUUAUCAUUGCUCGAGGAGGGGAAGGUGGUUUGGGCAACGUUCACGAACACAAACUUUCAAAGAAGCCUAAAUCCUCUGUGGGGCAUGAAGAUAAAUCCAUAGAUUCUAACCUAUCCGAAAUCAACGAGUCUAACAGACGAACUGGUUCUCUUGGCAGCGAAGCUGUGCUUGUUUUAGAACUUAAAAGCAUUGCCGACGUGGGUUUCGUUGGAAUGCCAAAUGCUGGGAAAAGUACUUUGCUUGGAGCCAUUUCCAGAGCAAAACCAACAAUUGGUCAUUAUGCAUUCACAACCCUGAGGCCAAAUUUGGGAAACCUGCAUUAUGAUGACUUAUCAAUCACGGUAGCUGACAUUCCAGGCCUUAUAAAGGGUGCUCAUGAAAAUCGUGGACUCGGACACUCAUUCUUGCGUCACAUUGAACGUACAAGGGUCCUAGCGUAUGUCCUAGACUUAGCUGCUGCUUUAGAUGGUAGGAAAGGGAUACCCCCAUGGGAACAACUGAGAGAUUUAGUUUAUGAGCUUGAACGCCAUCAGAGCGGGUUAUCAGAUCGGCCAUCCUUAAUAGUGGCUAACAAGAUUGACGAAGAAGGGGCUGAGGAAGUGUAUGAAGAGUUGAAGUCUAGAGUGCAAGGAGUUCCCAUAUUUCCCGUUUGUGCUGUUUUGGAAGAGGGCGUUGAUGAGCUUAAAGCUGGUCUUAAGAGCCUUGUGAAUGGAGAUACGCCUAGUAGGCUUAAGAUAGAUGAAAUCAUUGUUCAUUAGGUGUUUGAAAUGUACGAUUUCGUUCCAUUUUUGUUGCGACUGAUAGAACUUCAGAGAUUAUUGAAAGAGAAUGAGUAGAUAUAUAUAUGAAAGUUGUUCAGAGACCUCA